AGGUAUUGUGCUGAGAUCCCAUAAGUGCUUGACAUGGACCGCAGCUCCAUUCAGUCGACUACCGCCGUCUCGUUUUCAUUGGAAUGACAGCAACUUGAACAUUUGGAAAACAUUUUCUUCUCAUAUACAUGCUUCCAUUGUCGCAGGUUGUCUGAAAAUGAAGUGGAUGCUGAUACUGCUCCUUGGGGGGUCCCUAAUAGGGGUCAACUUGUGCUGGACGUAUCACUAUUCCAACACCUCCAUGACAUGGACGCAGGCCCGAGAGUGGUGCCAAACGUACUACACUGACAUGGUGGUCAUCCAGAGCCAGGACGAGAACGCCGCCCUGGUUUCCUUCUUGCCGAACAGGAACCACAGUCCGUACUACUGGUUGGGGAUCACCAGAAUGCACAAGAACGGAAAUUGGAUCUGGAUCGGGAAUAACAGCACGUGGGUCGGCAAGGAGUCGUGGGCGGAGAACGAGCCCAACAACAACCAGAGCUGGCCCGUUUGCGUGGAGCUCUACGUUAACAACGGAGCCAACCGAGGGAAAUGGAACGACGAGAAGUGUAGAUAUAGGAAAUAUGCAGUCUGCUAUCGAGCUCAAUGCAACGCGACGAUAUGUGGAAGAGGAAGUUGCCAGGAGGCUGUCAACAACGUCACCUGUCUGUUUGAGCCUGGCUCUGAAGGAGACGCAAAUCAAACAGCCUCCGUGCCCCCAGAUGUGCAAUGCCCCCCUCCGAUUCACCCCAACGGAUACCUUCGCUGUGCAGAAGGAAACCACACGGCCAACUCCACAUGUCAGUUAAAAUGUCACCCCGGCUUCCUGAGGAUCGGCUCAGGGCAGGUCACCUGCGGGUUGUCGGGUUUUUGGCAUGGCCCUCGGCCUGUCUGUGCAAGCUAUAAAUUCCUGUUGGUUGUAGCGGGCUGCGGAGCUCUUACAUUUUGCUGCAGCUGCUGCAUGUGUGUUGGCUGGUUGAAAAAAAGGAAAAGAAAGAAGCCAGGUCAAGUGAGGUUGACCGAAAAAGCGGCAGGACUUUCCAGUCAAUUAGAGGAAUAAACAUCAACCUGUGUUCAGAAACCGCAGUCAAGCAACGACAGUAUUAGGCACCUGCAUUAUAUUACUUCAUUUAUGUUGCAGCCAUUAUAGUAUUCACUUGUUUAAUCCAGCACAGGCAGAAAAUUGUAAUCCCUGUAGGAUUCCUAAUAUUUUGUUCAAUUUUGUUCAAAACUAUUUUGGUGGAUAUUCAUUUUCCGCGGCAGAGGCGCUUGAGUUGUUAACAAUGCUCACUCGUCUC